CAGGUCACGAGUGGACUGGAACUACUCAAGCGCGACGAUAAAGACUUGUCAAAUCGCCAUGAAGUUUCCUAUAUAAUACAACAAUUCAAACAAUGUAUAAAUCCUGGGUCGGCGGUGGAAGAAACUUGUGUUGGCGGUUUGUUGUAGGUCUAGUUAUUUUUCUUGCUUGUGGGGGAAUCAAGGUAAUCGCAAGACCAAAAGCUGAAGUUACCGGGGAGUCCAUCAGUGAGGCGUUAAGACUAGUUGCACCUCAGACCAUAGUGUCAGCGUCUUUUCCUAUCAAUGCCUGGUCAGCCAGCGCUUCAGACCAACAAAUAGUAGACCAGGUCAAACCGAGCAACACUGCACCCUCGACACAACUGAGGGAGCCAACGCCACCAGUACCGCAUGCAAGUGUCGCCGCAACUUGGUUGCAACCAGAUGUAGGAAAGAUGCAAGAUAAAUUCACAACCGCCGCUAUCGGUGUUGCUCCAACGUCGGCGCAACUAAGAGACGCCACACCGCCAUUACCGCAAGAAAGUAUCGCUGCAACUUGGUCGAAACUAGAUGUAAGAAAGGCGCAAAAAGAAUUUACAACAGCCGCUAUCGGUGUUGCUCCAACGCCGGUGCAGCCUGUUGCGUGUGUCACACAGGAACUUUUGCGACAGGAAUUUUUGCAACCGCUAGGAUCUACGCCGACACAAGCAUCUGGUCUGAGUAACCUCAUUCCAUACGGGCUAAAUCAAGAAUCCGCGGCAUCACAUCCUUGCCCCCCCUCACAACAGUCUGCUCCUGCCCCAGGCAAUAUCCAGGAAGGCCAAGGCCAGGGUUUGGUUGAAUUACCUCCAAAAGGCCCACCACCAAUGCAAUCAAACCUUACCUCAGCUGGCGAACCUGGAAUUGGGUCACUUCCAAACCUUCUAAACCCAGCUCAAGCUCAGGGAAUAAAUAAGUUACCAGUAUCACAGCCUACCACAUCAGGCCAACAAAAUUUAUCUUCGAUCCAAGAAGGCGGGCCAGGAGUCGGAUCAGCGAGUCCAAUUCAGGAGGAAAAAGCACCACCGUUGAACCCACUGACCUCAUCUAAACCUUUGCAGCCUUUGAAGGUACAGGUUGAAGUCUCAGGAAGGCCGCAAGCACAAGGACAAAACACAAGCUUUGGCAUGACUUUGAACACCAAAUUCUCCAUGAAUAAUACUAGAAUAGGUGAGAGCACGGGUAACAGUGUUGGCCUGCUGAAUAAGGUAGUUAGCUCGGCCUUACAAAACCUGAUAACCAUGCUCCCAGCGAAUGUGUUAGGAGCAGGAUCGACUGGACAGCCUGGGAAUUUAGGUAUACAACAAUUUAAUGCAACGGGAUCACAACAAGACGCAACAGCGCCACUGAGAGGAUUGGGAAAAUCCAUUGCUCAAGGACAGGUUGCAAACCCAUCGCAAAAAGAUGCAACGUCUAUGCAACUCCCUGGAGUCCCGCAGAUGAAGCUUUUUGAUAACUCCAGUGCUUUGCAGGAAAACGCAACAAACUCGCAAGCUGCAACUUCACCUCUUAGUAAUGAGCUGCAGGUGCAACAAGCAGCGGGAAGCCAGGCGCAACAAAGCUCCGCAACUCAACCGCAACUAGAGACAUCUGUGCAACCUGCUGAUAAAGGAGGGACUAAAGAACAAAGUGCUUCAACUACGCCACAAGAAAUGCCAGAGGUACUUGGCGAACAGUUGCAGCAGGGACAAUACAAUCCUGGUGCACAACAAUUAGCAGCAACACUCCCGCAACAAAGCGGAACGUUGAUAACCGAUAACCAUGGCGCCGACAAUGCAGUCCAAACUCAGGCGCAACAAGUUGCAACUCAGUCGCAAGCGGGCGCAGUAAAUUCGUCUACUUUUGUUGACAGACCUUUAGCUGGGGCGCAACCAGAGGCCGCACAACAAACAGCUUCAAAGACUGUAGAAGCAGACUCCAGCAGAGCAAAUGAGACCAUGACAACUUUGAACAACAAAGUCGCCCCUCUGAAUGCAAUUAUCCAAGUAUCACAGGGACCAAAUAACACCAGCUUGAAACUGAAGCCAUUAGAUGCCGUGAAUCUCUUGCAGAAUCUGAUGCAUAGCGUAUCAAUGCAGGGGAAACCAAACGAAAGCGAAGUGAAGAACUGGCUGACUAAACAACCAGGGCUGCUAGAGGUGCAUCGCGCUCAGAAAACACGAAAUGGCGGGAAAAAUGACUCAAAAACCAUUCGGGUAGAACAAAAAAAGAAUGAGACAAUGGCGAAAGGGAAUCAGAUGUCCAAUAUGAGGCCUGGCGACGAGAACUGCGAUUUGUGUCGGUUUGUUAUGGAGUUCCUCAACAGAUCUCUACCAGAUCCUACCACUGUGAAUGACAUAUAUGAACAAAUCAAAACGUCGUGUCCGCAACUUACACCACAGACAAGAAAAGAUUGUGAGGAUUUCCUUGACAAUCAUGGUCACCAACUCCAGCAUGCGUUCUUUUACGGAAGAAGGACCGAAGAUACGUGCGUCGACCUUGCAUUAUGCUGGCCGAAAUACUGGAGCCACUAAAGGAAAAAAACAUCUGUCAAUUCGCAAACAGACACCAAAAAGGGUAUAGGGCGGUUCAAGGAUUUCUCGGCGAGGGUGGGGUCGGGGGGGAACAGUAUGUAAAAUAUAUGGCAGGCAGUAGAAACUUUACAAGAAACGAAUGAGUCAAACAGUGAAACAAGUCAAAUCUAACAGUGAGGACACAGAAAGCGGGCCAUGCUGAACAACUUUGACCAAUCAGAUUCGGCUUGAACAUUAAAAAAAAAGUUCAGCCUCACUGUAAGUCUUAGUAGUAUACCAAUAUAGCAUGUAUACCCAUGUUACAAAAUUCGUCGAUUUCCGCAACUGAGUGGUUACUUGAAGGCAGGUUAGUACCUUUGCAAGUACAUGGAUAGAUCAUAUUAAUUAAUGAUCUUAUUAUCGAUCCGCGGUGAAAGGGAAAGCACUACAAAGGGGCCUAGAAAAAAAAUAAGUUGAAUAAAUGAAUAAACCACUGAUUGCAA